AAUUUUCCACAUUCAUUUUUACUUACCUCCGCAGGCGACGUAUUUUUUCCCAAACGAGAUAAUCCACUGAGCAACAGUCACAAUGGGUCACGGAUUCGGUGAGCUGGCCAAGGUGCGUGGCAUCGUCACCCACAAGAUUUCCUCGUACGAACAGAGGGCUUUCGCCGGAUGGUGGACCAAGGCAAUCCCGAAUACGCUCCGGCGAGUGCGAUCCCAGAUCUUCAUUGUGGCGCCCCCAUUCGUUAUGGGCUAUCUGGUGUACAACUUUGUCGAAAGUAUGCACACCCAGAUCAACCGCAAGAACCCAGCCGACUUCGAGAACGAUUCCUAAAAUGGAAUGCCCUGCCGGGAGAUGCAAGCUACACUGAACAUGCUUUCUAUCUGUAAAAAUCGUAACUAGAGAGGAAUAAAUCAACCAUUCGCCAACCAGUUGCUCGUU